GCGAAGUACUCUCGUUUGUUCCUGACUACCGCUUGCAAGGAGAGACUGCGCCUUUUACAAUCUGCGAUGAAAGAAGUGAGCGACAAGUCUGAGGUCAUGAGCGAUGUCGUCGACCGACUGUUGCAUUGGUCAUYGCCAGCCAUCCGGUCAGAGUUUGGGGAUGGUGUGGCGUCGAGGAUCGAGAGAACACUACCGGUCGGCAGUCGUGCAGAUGUGUUUCGUCUCGGAGCAGGAGGGGAUAAUUUGACAGCGGACGCUGAGGAUGAUGGCGAGCGUGAGGGUGAAGGGAGCGGUGAAGGCAAUUGCGGGUCAUUUUGUGGGUCGGAUGAUUCACUACCGCGUCCAGGGUACGGGUCACAGCGUGGCCGCAGAUCGCGCGGGCGGCCACCAAGCCGUGGCAGGUCGCGUUCGCGUUUCGAACAUGUACGUCCUUUGUGCUGGGAUGAUUCGAAGGAUGGUGCUUUGCAAAGCGGACUGAGCAAUAAUCGGUCUGCACAUGUGUUCGAAUCGAUAGGGCACAAGGAAGGCUCGAAAGCGCAUGAUGUUGUCUUCAUGGAGCCGGUGAAGUUGUUGCAGUUGCUCGGGUUGUUCGAUUUGAGUUUCCCGCGCCACGGGGCCGGUUGUGCUGUGGAUGUGUCCUCUGUUGGUUAUCCUGGGCAAAUUUGUCGUAUUUCGCUCGCUUGUAAGAAGUCCUGUCGUUGGACAUGGCACAGUGCACUGGUUGUGGGAGCUGUGUACUCUUGCAGACUUCAGCAGCAGUCGUUCCAUGCGACCGUCACUGCGGGUAUGACAUAUACCGUCCUCGACGACUUCUGCAUCGUGCUUGGGGUGGCACCUCUUUGCAGAGAUGAGGGCGGCGACUUUGUCACUCUACACAAUGAUGUCAUGAUGAUCGCCGACCAUUGGGUCGGGGACCACUCCAGGUGCGUUGCGGACAAAGAGCUUYUAUGCUCAAAGGCGGGUGGCCCAUCUCGGUUGCCUCUGUACACGCACGACGACCCCRUGUAUGACAUCAUUCACCAGACGUUGGGCAGGCAUUGCAGCACGACCGUUUGUUCGUACUACACGGAGUUCCGUCACACGUCGACGAUUGAGACGUUCCAGGGCACAAUCAUCAUGUACGCAAAGAAGGCCUUGCACUUCGAGAAGUCGUAUGAGCCGCGUUUGGCGAUUGCAGUCAUUCGAUGGAACAGUCAUGCAUGGCAGAAUCCCUUGGAGUAUCGUGUCCGCAGGCCUUCUGGGACUUCGAUUCGUCCAAGGCCGAGCCACUACCGUCACAAUCGGCCACCUACCGAUUCGUGGAUGGAUCGGGUGUCCACGUUCAUCUUCGGUUCAAAAUGCGUUUCAGAUUGGGCUCGACGCCUUUUCGAGUACGACGACUGUGAUGUGUCGGGUGAGGUCCGGUCAUCGACACCUCCUCUGCCUCGCAUUGUUUUUUGCAGAGGCGAGGAUACCAUUGCCCGUGACGAGGACGAGGUUGCUGCAGGUGCGGAUCCCGACGUUGUGGGGGAUGACGAUGUCUUCAUCAUUGGUGACGGGGAUGGGUUGGAUGCCGUGUCCGAUCGAUCAUGCGAUUCUCUAUCGGAUGCAGAUGAUGUCGAGUUGUUCGAUGACUGACAUUAUGUUAUGGCGUAGUAUUUUGUACG